AUGACAGUUUGGUACAACGACAACUACCAUCAGAGACAUUUCCAAGACAGCAGUGACAUGAAAGUCCUCCUGGCUGUCAUGGGCCAGCCUGCUGACACUUCCUCAGAUGAAGAGAAACUAGAGCAAGACGGCAGCGUGAGAACAGAGGAGCAGCCGCAGCCAACAGAAGUCAGGGGAAGGAUUGCAACUUUGUUCCGUUCAGCAGAUGCAGAAACGUGGACUCCAGAAGGCUACCGUGAUGCUUUCCCUCCAUUGUGGCAAAUUGCUCCUGGAAAUCUUGAAGAAUACCCAGUGCAAGGCAAUAAAGUUGUGAUUGCUGCCUGGAACUACAAGGAAAGAAUGGGGAUGUAUAAAAUAAUGUUAAACCGUUCAGCUAAAUAUUUUGCAGCACUGGGACUCCGUAAUGAGGGCAAUAUCCUCUGGGGUUUGCCACUGCAACAUGGUUGGCAAUUCCAGACUGGCAGACUAGCACAUCCGUUCAAUUCUACAUCUUGUGGCCACAGAGAUGGAGAGAAUCUGUGCAUAUCUGAACACAGCUGGUGGGCUUGUGCAAAUUAUGCGCUAGCGAUCAUCCCAUUUCUGGGGGCUCUAGAAAGUGGUUUAUUUGGAUACUUACCGUAUGAGGUAGAAAUGCUACCACCAGAUGAGCGAAAAGAUGACUUUUGUCAUAACAUUGUGGAAUGUAACAAUCAGGCACCAAAAGCUAUGGCUGGAUGGAGGGACUACUUCAAGUAUCUCUCAUAUACUGAGAGGAACCCUGAAGCCUUUCACUUCUCAAAAGAUGAAGCAUUGAAAUAUAUGUGGAAAGCUCAUGUUCUCUCCCUCUCUUAUGCACUUCCAAGGUGUCAAGAUCGACUAAAAUUCCUCAGUGGCCCUGAAAGUGCUUUUGGAGAAGACUGGGGUAAUGCAGUGGACUUCAUUGCAGCCACUCGUUUUUCUACAGACCUGAUAACUAUAAACCAUUUCCAAACUGGAUUACCUCCACGAAAACUUCUUGAAGGAGAUAGAGCCCCAUUAAUUAAAGACUUCACCCCUGCUCAGAAUAAAGUGUUGUUUAUGCUUUCUUCUCUUCGCAAGACAAAUGAGAAAAUGGGAGGAACUUUGUUGGUGUUAUGGAAAAUGGCAAUGUCUACAGAAGCUGGAAGAAAAGCAGGACGUGACCUUAUUGAAAAUAUGGUUUAA